GACAAGCAGAAAUUAUUGUGGGGUGUCUGAUUUAGUGCCUGAAUGAAAAGACAGAAAACGCCUGCGCCAAGGAAGCAGAUUUGCAACGAUAAAUAUCGACAACUGCUCUCCGCUUUCUCAUCUUCUGUGUUCAUUCUGCGAGUCCUUGCACAGUGCGUGUUGGACGUGACAGAGAAGCAUGGAGUCUCAAAAAGUGGCAGAGUUGAAGGGCUUCGUGCAACUAUGCGAGUCCAAUCCCGCCAUCCUGCAACUUCCCGAGAUGGCUUUCUUCCGGACCUGGUUGCAGAGCAUGGGUGCAAAGAUACCUUCUCAAGCCUCCCCCAAGAGUCACUGCCAGGGUGAGUGUCCCUGUGGUCCUCCUCAAACAUCUAAAGCGCCUCCAACUCAGCCUGAGCCUGCUGUUCCAUCUGAGAGCGAGGAGAGUGAAAUAGAAAUAGAUCUUGAGGGCGUCAUUGAACCAGACAUGGAUGAACCACAGGAAAUGGGAGAUCCGGAUAAUAUUGAGGUGACGGAAGAGAUGAUGGAAAAGGCCAAUGACAAGAAGAUGGAAGCCAUUGAUGCUCUUGGAGGAGGAGAUCUUCCGAAAGCGUUGGAGCUUUUCACCGAGGCCAUCCAACUGAAUCCUUGUUUGGCCAUCUUGUAUGCAAAGAGGGCAAGUGUUUACGUUAAGAUGCAGAAACCCAACGCGGCCAUCAGAGACUGUGACCGAGCCAUCGAGAUCAACCCAGACUCAGCGCAGCCGUACAAGUGGAGGGGGAAAGCUCACAAGAUGCUGGGCCACUGGGAGGACGCCGCCCGCGAUCUGGCCACAGCAUGUAAACUGGAUUAUGACGAGGAUGCCGAUGCACUGCUUAAGGAAGUCCAACCAAAGGCUAACCGAAUCAUCGAGCACAGGCGCAAAUAUGAACGCAAGAGGGAGGAGAGAGAGAUAAAGGAGAAGCAAGAGCGGAUAAAGAAAGCAAGGGAGGAGCACGCUAAGGCCCAGAAGGAAGAGGACGCCAGAGGAGGGGCAGGUGGAGCAGGAGCAGGAUUCUUCCCAGCAGGUGGUGCAGGAUUCCCUGGUGGAUUCCCUGGCGGAUUCCCAGGCGGAGCCGGCGGCAUGCCCGGCCUGAACGACCUCCUGCAAGAUCCCGAGUUGCUCACCGCCAUGCAGGACCCAGAGGUGAUGGCUGCCUUCCAGGAUGUGGCACAGAACCCAGCUAACAUCGCAAAGUACCAAAACAACCCCAAGGUCAUGGCGCUCGUCACCAAGCUGAGCUCCAAGUUUGGGGGCGCCGCACCUCAGCCAUAGAUGAGAGCGGAACAGAGAUGAAAUGAAGAUUUUGUUUGCCGCUGCAAUCUUUUGAGGGCUUUUCAGUAAAUCUAUGGUGCGCAUAUCAAGUGUUCCCAGGCGGUAACCUAAUCGGAGUGUUUAUUUAGAGGAGCCGAGGGUGAAUUUAAAUCAAAGCUAUUUAAUCAGUACUAAGAGCAACCAGAGUGCUGUCUGGAGUGUAUUGACUUAAAUGAUCUGGCUCUUAAACACAAAGUUGAUGUUUCUCGCAUUUGCAUUCUGGGAUCUCCCCCGCCCUCAUUAACCCAUUUCUACAGUUCUACAUUUUGGAACCUAAUCAGUUUCUUUUGUUCUGUUCUGUUCUGUUAAAAAAAGGUGUCUGAGCCAUUUGGGGAAAUUGAUUAAUAAAGCUUGUUUGUAAAAGGCA